GCCUGGUCCUAGUCAAUGCCAUAUACUUUAAGGGCGUCUGAGGUUCGAUGAGGAGGAUACGCGCGAGGCGGAGUUUUUCCUGGAGAAGGGCAAGCCCAUCAAGGUGUCCAUGAUGAAGGUUGUGCACAAGUUUAUGUAUGCGGAACUGCCCAAACUGGGGGCAAGAGCCAUCAAAAUGUUAUACGCAUACCUAUCCAUGAUUAUAAUUUUGCCCAACGAAAGUACAGGUCUGAAGACUCUGGAGCAAAAGCUACCGACCACCUCCUUAAAGGCUAUUACAUCCGAAAUGUCCCUCAUAAAAGUUGAUGUCAAGAUCCCAAAGUUUAGAGUCGAAUUCGAGCAGGAGUUGUCCUCAGCCUUUAAGAAGAUGGGCAUGAAGCGUAUAUUCAGCGACGAGGCCGAGCUGGGCCAGAUUUUGGAGUCCCAGGAGGCCAUCAAGGUCUCCCAGAUGUUACACAAAGCCUUCAUAGAUGUCAACGAGCUGCUGUUAUGGUAAUGCGAAUUCUGCCCGCCACCCCAGUGGAUCGACCAAAGGCCUUUCACGCCAACAGACCCUUCCACUAUACGAUCUGUGAUCGUAAUCAUGUCAUCCUCUUUGUGGGAAGCGUGACGGCUGGGGUGUAACAUAAAUUAUUAUUCUAUCAUAGAUUAUUAUUCUAUCAUAAAUUAUUAUUCUAUCAUAAAUUAUUAUUCUAAAAUUAAUUGAAUAAGAAUACAACUCUAAUCUUUAAA